UCCGGGGCUGGGGAAUUUGCCAAGGAGCCUCGUGGGGGCCCCUGGCUUUACAGUUCUUCGCUAGAUCCACCGUGUCUAUCGCAGGGUCUGGCAGGGACACCGAAGGCUCACGACCCAGCACCGCACCGAAAUGGGGGAGAGGGGCGUACACAACUGGUGUCAGGGAAAAGUGCUGCCUGGGAACUCUGCGUUCACUCAGCCACCAAGAGGCGUGGUUAGCCCUCCGUCUCUGCCGCGCUCUGCCUCUGAAGGGCUGCGGGUGGUCGUCACUCAGGCACUCUGCAAUUAACCCGCAAUUUUCCUGGGUCGCCCGUUCCUUAUCUGUAAAAUGGGGUUAGUUUUCCCUGGCUAUCACCAGGUCUUUGGGAGGAUCUAAUGAUGUCCUUUAGGAGAGCGUGCUCUAACAAUGUUUGAAUGGCACUGCGAUUAUUAGGCAGUAGGGCAGUAAGGUGGCGCCUAGUGGGAAAGAACCCACCUUUCUUUAGGUAGAAGUAAGAGGCACAGGUUCGAUCCCUGGGUCAGGAAGAUCCCCUGGAGGAGGGCAUAGCAACCCACUCCAGUAUUCUUGCCUGGAAAAUCCCAUGGGCAGAGGAGCCUGGCAGGCCGCAGUCCAUAGGGUCACACAGAGUCGGACACGACUGAAGCGACUUAGCACGCACACAGACCUUUGCAUUGCAGCUAUAAUUAAAGAAUGCUAUCGCAUUACAUUGUCACUGAAGAGCCAAACCUUAGAUGAAGAGACAAAUGUAUUAUGUGCAAUCCUUUACAGCAAUCACAACAGAAUGGGCCGCCAUAAGCCCCAUUUGGCCCUCAGACAGGUUGAACAGUGUUUAAAACGUUUGAAAAACAUGAAUUUGGAAGGUUUAAUUCAAGAUCUCUCAGAGUCAUUUUCUUCUAAUGAAAAUCAGCCUAUAAAUAGCAAAGCAUGUGUCAUCCCCAGCCAACCGGUGGUGGAACUGGUGUUGAUGAAGAUUUUGGGAGCCUGCAAGUUGCUGCUUCGCCUGUUGGACUGUUGCUGCAAGACAUUUCUCUUGACUGUGAAACAUCUAGGUUUGCAAGAAUUCAUUAUUUUAAACAUUGUGAUGGUUGGGCUCGUGAGCAGGUUAUGGUAUGUAUGGUUCUGUAUAAAGAUGUUUUAAAAAGGCUGGUUUCUUUAUAUGAACCAUUGUUUGGAUUACUUCAAGAGGUCUCCAGGAUUCAACCAUUGCCUUACUUCAAAGGUUUUACCUUUCCUUCUGAUAUUGUUGAAUUUUUAGGAGAGCCCUAUUUUGAAGUCUUUAAGAAAAAAGUGCCUACAGCUUUUGUAGCUAAAGGAGUAACUAAACUGCUAAAUAAACUAUUUUUAACAAAAGAGCAAUCACAGAGGUCAGGUGAAGAAACUUUACUUAGAAUUUCUGAAAAAGCUAAACAAGUGAAGAUCAAUAUACAGAAUAACAUGGAUCUUGGACAACCAGUAAAGAGUAAGAAAAUUUUAAAAGAAAAGUCAUUAGAAUUUGAUGUGAGAGCUUUCUGCAAACAGCUGAAACACAAAGCUAUUCAGGAGAAGAGCUUUGAGUUUAAAUGUUCUCAAUCCAAACUAAAGGCAGCCAAACAUUCUUCUCAGAAAGCAAUAGGAACUCGCUGUGUAAAAAGUCUUGUGCAGAAAUUCCGAGAGGCUGAGACUUUCACACAACUUUCUGAAGAAAUCCAAAUGGCAAUUCUGUGGUGUAGAAGCAAAAAACUGAAGGCUCAGACCACCUUUCUGGGUAACAAACUUCUUAAAAGUAACCGGCUUAAACAUGUGGAAGCUCAAGGCUCUAGUUUGCCAAAGAAGCUACAGUGCAUAAAAAGAUCUAUUUGCAACUGCCUUCUUCAUGGCUUAGGUCUGAAAACUUCAAAGCAUCACCUGAGACAAAGAAGAUCACAGAAUAAAUUUUCACUGAAAGGAAGGGAACAGAGAAAGUUGCAGUCGACUCAUUUAAAGGAAAUCCAGCAGCCCCCUCAAGGGACUCAGAGUGCUACGGAUGUCAUUAAAGGGAGACUCUCAGAUUCUACUGAUUGUAGGACUGAUCUGUAUCCUAACAAUAAGCAAGUGUUGAAUAGGAGAGUUUCAAAUCCUGUCAUACAAACUAAGGAGAAACAAACUCAUGAAAAGCUUACAGAAAGCAAUGAAAAUGAGACGGAUUCUUGGACAAUGAUGCAAGUAAAUAAACAUAACACAUCAGGAACCACUAAGGAGAAAGACGACAUUGAUGAUAUUUUUGCUUUAAUGGGAGUCUAGAGGUUCAUAUGUGAAACUUUUAACCAGUUGCUCCAGUGUUCUGCUGCUUUAAGUAGAACAGUUGAGAUGUGGAAAGAUCUGGAAGUACCACUUGGACUCAGAGGAACUGCUUUAGUACAACACUGUACAGCAGUUCAUUUUAGUUCAAUAAAUGCUUACCAUAGCUUUGUGUCAUUUAA